AUGGCAGCAAGCACAGGGGCUUCAGGAUGGCUAAGGGGCAAGGUGAAGGCUCUGACGUCUGGAGACUGCCUUCUCAUCAUGGGGAGCACAAAGGCAGAGAUUCCACCAGAGAAGUCCAUCACUCUGUCAUACCUUAUGGCCCCAAGGCUGGCUCGUCGUGGUGGAGUGGAUGAGCCAUUUGCUUGGGAAAGCAGGGAGUAUCUGAGGAAACUCUGCGUAGAAAGAAAUCUAUUGCAGGAGGUCACAUUUAGAGUGGAUUACACUGCUCCUAACAUCGGACGAGAAUUUGGCACUGUCUACCUUGGCGACAAGAACGUUGCCUACUUGGUGGUUGCUGCAGGAUGGGCAAGGGUGAAGGAGCAAGGCCCCAAGGGGGGUGAACCACUCCCAAAUGUCUCUGAGCUUCUGAGGUUGGAGGAAGUUGCUAAGCAACAGGGUUUAGGCCGUUGGAGCAAGGAACCUGGUGCUGCUGAAGAUUCGAUAAGAGAUCUUCCACCAUCAGCAAUCGGCGAACCAAGUGGUUUUGAUGCAAAGGGUUUUGCAGUUGCAAAUAAAGGAAAGAGUCUGGAAGCCAUUGUCGAACAAGUUCGUGAUGGCAGUACCAUUCGUGUUUACUUGCUUCCAAGUUUCCAAUUUGUCCAGAUAUAUGUCGCUGGAGUGCAGGCUCCGUCCAUGGGGAGACGACCACCGAAUCCUACUAUUGUUGCCGAACCAGAGGGCACUACUAACGGCACUACAAAUGGUGACGAUUCUGGGGAAGCUCCUGCACCACUGACAACAGCACAAAGGCUUGCUGCAUCGACAGCCUCUACUGAAGUUCCACUAGAUAGGUUUGGAAGAGAAGCUAAGCAUUUCACAGAGACUCGUGUUCUGAACAGAGAUGUGCGGAUUGUGGUGGAGGGGACAGACAGUUUCAGUAAUAUAAUUGAUCCAGGAGAUUACUACAACAAAGUGAAGGAUCGUCCUGUGGUGCCUGUGAUGCCUGUAAUGUAUGUGAUGGCUUUGGCUGGCGGCGGAUCUGUGAUACCGGGAGUGAGUGUAUCUGGCGGCGGAUCCUGCAUGCCUUCGGCGGUGGCUCGUCACGUCCUGGACGUCUCCGGCGACGGGUCCUGCAAGGGAUCGGUGCCGGAUCCUGGAAGCGAUCAGCGGAGGGUCCUGCACGGGACAAGCGCCGGAUCUAAUGGAUGUGCGAGUUACACGCCGGCGGUUUUGAUGUACCAGGGCGGCAGUGCAUGGAUGGAUGGGUGGCGGUGA